CUUGCAACUUUCCAGACCUUUGGCCCCCCUCCCUCCUCCCCACCUCUCGUUCUCUCCUCCCUCCUCCCUCCUCCGCCUCCCCACCCCUCUCCCUUCUCGCGCGCGCGCGCCCGCCCAGAUCUAGGGUCCCCCCCGCGGCGAAGAUGAGCAGCCCCCAUGGCGGCCUCGACGACCAGAUCGAGCGGCUCAUGCAGUGCAAGCCGCUCCCCGAGCCCGAGGUCAGAGCGUUGUGUGAGAAGGCGAAGGAGAUUCUGAUGGAGGAAAGCAAUGUUCAGCCUGUAAAGAGUCCUGUUACAAUUUGUGGUGAUAUUCAUGGACAAUUUCAUGAUCUUGCUGAACUCUUCCGGAUUGGUGGAAAGUGUCCAGAUACAAACUACUUGUUUAUGGGAGAUUACGUUGACCGUGGCUACUAUUCUGUUGAAACUGUCACGCUUUUGGUGGCUUUAAAAGUUCGCUAUCCUCAGAGGAUCACCAUUCUCAGAGGAAACCACGAAAGCCGACAGAUCACUCAAGUUUAUGGAUUCUAUGAUGAGUGCUUAAGGAAGUAUGGAAAUGCAAAUGUCUGGAAAACCUUCACGGACCUCUUUGACUACUUCCCCUUGACUGCAUUGGUUGAGUCAGAAAUAUUUUGCUUGCAUGGUGGAUUAUCACCAUCUAUCGAGACCCUCGAUAACAUCCGCAACUUCGAUCGCGUCCAAGAAGUUCCUCAUGAAGGUCCAAUGUGUGAUCUUCUGUGGUCUGAUCCAGAUGAUCGAUGUGGUUGGGGUAUUUCGCCACGUGGUGCUGGAUAUACCUUUGGACAGGAUAUUUCAGAACAGUUCAACCAUACCAAUAAUUUAAGGCUUAUUGCUAGAGCUCACCAAUUGGUCAUGGAGGGAUUCAAUUGGGCUCAUGAGCAAAAAGUUGUGACCAUAUUUAGUGCACCUAAUUAUUGCUAUCGCUGUGGGAACAUGGCGUCAAUCUUAGAAGUGGAUGAUUGCAGGGAGCAUACUUUCAUCCAGUUUGAGCCAGCCCCAAGAAGGGGAGAGCCAGAUGUAACUCGUAGGACACCUGACUAUUUCCUGUGAUGCAAAAGUGAUGUGGAUCUGCAGCAAAGGUUUGAUAGAUAGGUGAAGUUUCCUGGUUGCAGAUAUUUUUUUGCUCGAAACCCCCCGUGUGCUAUUCUUAAGGGCUGUUCGGCUGAUCUUGGCACGGCUUGUCUCGACUUAUCUCGACUUAUUUCCUCUCACAUAAUACUAUUUAUUCUACCAGCCGAGCACUAUUCAUUCUACCAGCUGAGCACUAUUUUUGCCCAUGGCUCUUCGGCUGUUUCCGGCUGUUCAGUCACAUCUGAAUUCAAGUGUAUACCUACCUACUGCAGCUGGAAGGACAGGAUUGUGUUCUCACUUAUCUCUUAACUGGUUGAUGCUUUUGGCUUGGUUUCGGGUGCUGCAGUGGGUGGGUUCAAGCAUCAAGUAGCAAUCUGUAUGAGAGAGGAAACUGUUCCCGUUGUAUUCAUUUUGUUCCCCUUUGUUCCCCACUUUUUUCUCCUUUUCUUUUUUUUUUCGAUUCCUGUAGAGGUAAACAAUUGUAUGGUUCUGUGUUGGGCCAUUAGUCUUUUUCUGACUGCCUCGAUUUGCCGUAUAGAAUUACCAUUUAAGCACAAGUAGUCUAAGUUGUAGCAUUCUUUGCAACCAGCAUUUCAAUUGAGCUCUGGUUUUGCUGUUGAUUUUGCUUUGGACAAAAUGAGGCGAGUUGCACCGCCCGAAGACCAGUGGAACGAAUGAUCUGUACGCGUGCUGUCUGUAACAUUGUAUUUAUAAUUUCCUUUUGAAAUACUAUCAUCAUGUAUCCUAGCCC